AUGUCCAAUGGCACGACUCAUUCAGGGAUCCGUUCUGGGGAUAACUUUAACAACACAAGGAUAGAGAGCACGUCUCUUGCGACGAACACAACCGUAGUGAUAGAAGGCGACUUUGAUUUGGAGCAGUUUAUAAUUCUUAAUCUUGGAAAUAAGACACAGGGUUUGACUACUGUUGGAGUUUUGACAGCCGUGUAUAUUACGAUAUUUUUGACAGGAAUUGCCGGAAAUCUGUGUACUUUUAUUGUGAUCUAUAAAAAUAUCUACAUGCACACUGUAACUAACUACUACCUGGCGAGUUUGGCGCUAAGCGAUGUUUUAGCUUUACUGUUUGCUCUUCCACCGGAAGUUUACGCCAUUUGGGAGGCUUAUCCCUGGAGGUUCGGAGAGCCAUUUUGUAUUUUCAAAUCUUUCUUACUGGAGUCUACAUCAUACGCAUCUGUUCUGACAAUCACUGGCUUUACAAUAGAAAGAUACAUUGCUAUCUGCCAUCCAAUCACGGGACAAAAAGUCUCGAGACAAUCACGUGCCAUGAAAUGCAUACUUUGCAUUUGGAUAGUCUCGGCGUUAUCCGCGCUUCCUUACCCAAUCCAUACACGAACGUUUUACUACAUGCAGGAUCCUCGGACUUCAUCCCCGAUACAGGACUCUUUGCUUUGUAACAUACCCAUACAGUGGCAUCCGAGGAUGAAAAUUAUGUUCCAGGUUUCAACCUUCGCCUUUUUCUUCCUGCCUAUGACAGUUAUCACAGUUAUGUAUAUAUUGAUAGGGAUUCGCUUGAGGAGGACUGAAAUCGAUUCGUCCAUCAGAUAUUUUUCAAAAGGUGCAAAGUCCACAGCUACUCGUGCCAGGAAAGCUGUCCUUCGUAUGUUGGUUGCGGUAGUGGUGGCGUUUUUUGUGUGCUGGGCACCGUUCCAUGCCCAGAGACUGACUUCAUUGUAUAUAAAGACAUGGACACCAGAAGACAUUGAGAUACAUAGCAAACUGUUUUACGUAUCGGGUGUUCUUUAUUUCCUGAGCUCAACCGUCAAUCCCAUCCUCUAUAACGUCCUUUCAAGGAAAUUCAGAUAUGCUUUCAAACGGACAUUCUGCCGGUGCUGUCUCAAUUUGGAGGCUUUUCCAACGUUUUACAAAUUAAAAGCUAUUUUUAUCAAUAAAAAUGAACAACAAUCAACAACACCGAGUGGAAUGAGAUACUUGUUUCCACAAAAACCUAUAGUAUUAGACACAUUCUACCAAAAACACAACAGACGUUUGUCAAAGACAGAAAACCCCUUGAAUCAAGGUUCAACCAAAGACACGCUGUUAAAAGUUUCCACCGGAUGUGGAUCUAGUAGUGGAACGCAUCCACAUUCAGACGGUCGUCUACAUUGUUUGUGUCGUCACAAAAGCUGUUCCAGUCAUCGGACGCGACAAAGUAUUGAAAGUCAAAUGUUUUGUAAACAAUUCAGUAAUGCGUCCUACCAAGACAUUGAAACGCUGAAAAGACUGCAGUGCUUUCGGGAUGAAUGCCAUCUGAAGUCCUUUGAUUCAGUGCCGGAAGUUAUGGAACAUGAUGUUAAUGUUAAUUUGAUAUAG